AUGGGUUAUCUUUUUUGCAAUGCAGAGUCUGCAAUUGCUACCUGCGAUCCACACUAUUGGGAUCUCAAAAAAAGAAACAAAUCAAUAACUAAAAAUCGUACCCACCACGCUAUCAAGGAGUUUCUCUACGCCGACCUCGUCGCCGCCACUAACGGUUUCUCCGAUGGUAGCUACUUAGGUAAAGGCAGCCACGGGAGAGUUUACAGAGCAACGUUAAACGGCGGCAACGGCAACGGAAACGGCAACGGCAGACUAGUUGUUGCCGUUAAAACAACAAAGCAAACUACGAAGAUUACACAUAACCAUGCCGUUAACUGCACCGGUUGCGGUAACUGUACGAGUCCUGCUGAGAACGAGAUCGAGAUUCUUUCUCAAGUUCCGAGUCGUCGUCUCGUGAAUCUUAUCGGUUACUGCACUGAUCCAAACGGCAAUAAAUUAAUUGUCGUUGAAUACAUGCCAAACGGUUCGCUUCAUGAUUUAUUACAUUCUACAUCUAAACCACCCGGUUGGACCAGACGUAUCCGGUUCGCAUUACAUGUUGCGAAAGCGGUACGGACGUUGCACGGUUCGAACCCUCCGGUGAUCCACCGUGACAUUAAAUCCUCCAACGUUUUAAUCGACCAGGAUUGGAAAGCGAGACUCGGUGACUUCGGGCUUGCACUGAGAGGACACGUGGAGGACGUUCGCGUUAAGUGUACGCCACCGGCUGGUACGUUAGGGUAUCUCGAUCCAUGCUAUCUCUCGCCGGGGGAUCUUAGUGCGAAGAGUGAUGUAUUCAGUUUCGGGAUCUUGUUGUUGGAGAUAAUCAGUGGAAGGAACGCUAUUGAUGUUAAUUAUAGUCCUCCAUCGGUUGUUGACUGGGCGGUGCCGCUGAUUAGAAGAGGCGACUUUGCCGGAAUCUGUGACCGCAGAAUAGGAACACCUUCGGAUUUGUCGGUGAUGCGGCAGAUUGCCGUGCUUGCUGCGAGAUGUGUUAGAUCGACGGCGGAGAAGCGGCCGGAGAUGGUGGAGGUUGUGGAGUGUCUUAAACUGGCGGGGAAGAAGAUUCAUACUUCGCCGAUUUGGAAUAGUUUCAGGUGGCGCGUGACGCGAGUGGAGAGUGCGCAACCGUUGAUGAAGUGUGACGUGUAUGAUUAUGAUUAUGAUUAUGAUUAUGAUUAUCAUAAUGAUUGUAAUGAUUGGGAUAAUAAGAAUGAUGAGGUUGUUGUGAAAAUCGUAAAGAGUGGGUGUGGGAGCAGCAGAAGGAAGAGUAAAGUAUCGAGUGUAGCGAGUGCAGAGUCUGUUACUAAACAUUCCAAGAAAAUGGCGAGAUCUAAGCCGUCGAAGAAAGUAACUAGAUCUAAAACCGUUGGAUCUUCUUCUAGUUGUGUUAGUAGCUGUAGUAGGAAAAGUGGGAUUCAAAUUCAAAUGGUUUCAGAGAAAACGCGUGCAAUGAAGCUGAAAAAGUCAAAGUCAACGGGGAUGUUGCAAGAUCCUUAUUUGGAUGAGACUGAGAGGUUAGCAUUAACCGUGUCAAAGUUAGUUAUUAGAGAUAUUAAGAAGUUAGAAAAGUUGGAAAAGAAGAUGCUUGAAAAACCGUUGGUUUAUUCACAUAGUUGGGAGUCUGAGUAG